UCUCAAAGUUGAAAAUUGUCUGAUCUUGGUUAUUCUUUAGGAUUCAUUCUUUUUCACAGUGUUACUAAUUAUUUUUAAAUAAUGUUGUUAUUAUAAUCACACUAGCUAUUUUGGAAAAUCAAUACUCGCGUUAAUAAACAUCCAUUACAGUUAAAUAAGUAUAUUUACGCAUCCAAACUGAAUUACACUACGAUGGAUAGGUUCGAAUACAUGGAAGCACGUUUGUUUGAAGGUGAAAAUUAUAUUAAAAGGGAUAGGAACGUAAAAAUAUAUGACGGCGAAGACAAGACUCAAUUUGUGGAUGGAGAAGUUGUCCUAACAACUCAUAGAAUACUAUGGGGCAAGCCUGGCGACAUACCCAAGGGACUAACUUGCCUUUCUCUACACUUGUACUACGUGUUCUGUGUUGAAGAAGAAAGUAGUGGAGUAUUUGGCCUUGGCGGACUUAAGAGAAUAAUAUUACACCUUGGACCUGCUUUACCUGGUAAAAGACCAGGACCAGCUGUAGUGAGUCCCUACCACUUUGUAAAAUUAUCGUUUAAAGAUGGUAUAGACUCCGCCUUUUACAAAGCACUAAAUGAAGCAGUCAGUGCAAAAGCAUGGGAACAACAAACCCCAGCUUCCCCUCUCUCUGCCUCAAGCCCCAAUGCUAGCCCUAAACCCUCAGUAGCACCAAUGAAUUCUAAAAUAAGAUCUGGUAUAAUCGGAAUUGAAAGAAGUAUAGAGGAGCAACAUAGAGCAACAGAUGAAAGUAUCACAGUGGCAUUUAAGGACUUGACUAAACUUAUGGAGAAAGCUAAAGAAAUGGUUGCAGUGUCUAAAAAUAUUUCUACUAAGAUAAGGGAAAAACAGGGUGAUAUAUCAGAAGAUGACACGGUGAGGUUCAAGGCAUACCUGAUGAGUCUAGGCAUCGACGACCCGGUCACCAGAGAUGCGUUCCGGUCUGAUUCCGAUUACUACAUGGGGCUGGCGCAACAGAUCUCGGAUAUGAUGGUGGCUGUAUUGAUGGAAUGUGGAGGAAUUAUGUCUCUGUCUGAUGUUUGGUGUCGCGUGAACCGAGCAAGAGGGUUGGAAUUAAUAUCUCCCGAAGACUUACUAAAUGCUUGCAAGUUACUCCAAACUAUUGGUGCUCCCAUGUCGCUCCGGAAAUUCCCAAGUGGGGCCUGCGUCCUGCAAAUGAACAGCCAACGAGACGAGGAAGUAGCCAAGACCACGUGUACUAUGCUCGAAGAAAAUGGAAACUUGACGCCUGAGAAGCUCUCGCAGAUCGCAAAUGUGUCCGUCCUGCUGGCACGGGAGCGUUUAUUCACUACCGAGCGUUUAGGGCUCGCCUGUAGAGAUGAAUCCAUAGAGGGCCUAGCGUUUUAUCCAAAUCUAUUCUUGAGGGAAACCUCCUAGCAAUAUUUAUAGAAUAGAUUGUGUCACAAGGGAGCAAAAUAACAUUUACGGCGUGGGCGUACAAUGAAUUCUGAAACGAAGGAUUCUAAAAUGGAAUCUUGAGCGUAGUGAGGGAAGAUGGAAAAAUGUUUGCUAUCAUGGGACACAUACUUACUGCCUUUCACAUCACUUAUGAGGAAAUUAUUAUGUUUCAAAAUAUAUAUAUAUGCUGAACAAAUAGUAUCCACGUAAGCAUUAUGACUUAUGAGCAUACUAUUAUGUUUAUUUCGUUGUGUUAUUAGUUAAAUUAAAAGAACAGACAAGUACCACUUAGAUCCCUCAUAGCAGGGAAGAAAAAGCCCUUUUCCGAAUAGGUGAUUGCACAGAAAUAGGGGUUAGUCUGUGGGUGAUUGUGAAUCAAACUGGAAGGGUAUAGGUACGAUGUUAG